AUGGCUUUUACCGAGGUUUUACAACAGCGUAGUGACAAAGCCUACUUGCACCUCCGAGGGGCUGCUGCGUUGAUGGUUGGCCAUGGGAAUGGAAGCUCAACUGCCGUUGCUCACGACGAAGGAGUGUCGACGCUGUUUGAGAAGCUCGACCUUCAUACCGCAACAUACGUCCUCACUCGCUCCCCAGACCUACCAUCAUUGCACCUGGCGACACCACACUCGAUGCCAACAUCGCCCGAUCGGACGCUAUACAGGAUACUGCAUGCUUGCUAUCAUUUUAUCUCGACAGCGCGACAGUACAAAUAUAUCAACUCGUCACUAGUACCCUCCAACAUACUCAUUGAGCAAGGAAGACAUCUCGGGAACUUGCAACAGUGGCUGUCGUGUCACCAGCUCGACCCUUCGCGUCUAGGUGCUGAUCCCCAGAACGAACAGCUCAUCAUCCUUCGCGCUCAGUCUCUUGCUGGGUUGAUACAUUGCGCCACAGUUCUUCAACCACAUGAAACAUCAUAUGACAGCUAUGAUCGGGAGUUCAAGGAGAUUCUCAAGCUGGCGGAGGCACUUUUUGGCAUGCAACCCGAGGUCGUGAAUUCCCCAGGGUAUUCUGGUGACCUGCCCCAUUUCGCUCCUGAAAUGGGGAUCAUCCAGCCGCUCUUUCUGACGGCUUUGAAGUACAGGCAUCCUUUCUGGCGGCGUAAGGCUCUAGACUUGCUUCAGAAAAGUGGAAGGGAGGGUCCAUGGUGUGGCGCAAUCGAGGCCGCGGUGCUCAAGGUUGUUAUCGAGGCCGAAGAAGCAACCCCCAACAACCUACAGGGCAUGAAUGAGCCUGACCAAGCCGUCGUCUACCAGCCAAGCGGCGUUCCUGAAAACCAGAGGGUCCAUCUUUGUUGGAUAGUUGGAUAUGUGGCUCGCCAACAGGAUAAUAGGGUUGGAAUGGGCGUCGGCCCAGGAACUCGAGCUAAUUUUGCAAAGGUCCAAUUGUCUCAAACCGCAGGUUUCAACUACUCUGGGGUCUCUGUUGGAGUUCGGUCUAUUUACGAGGACACACCCUUCUUGGACUUCCACCAUACUCCCCCCAGUCCGGCCUCUAAGCGUGGGACAAAAGAAGUUGAUGCCAGCACGGUGUAUCGCCUUGGAAGUGUAUCAAAGCUUUUUACGGUGCUGGCUGCACUGAAACUGGCUGAAGAUGGCGUGCUAAGUUUGGACGACCCUGUUGGGCGGUGGAUUCCAGAGCUUUCAGGACGUGACGGCGAUCCUGAGUCUGAGGAUGAGCUUGAUCGGAUCGAAUGGCAGGAUGUGACUGUGGAAGAUGUCGCAGCACAUCUCUCGGGCAUUGGGGGAGAUAUGACUGGUGAUCUGGCCAGCUUUGAUGCCGACUGGGAGGCUCUUGGUCUUCCAAAGGCUUCUCCAGAAACAAAGACCCGGGCAUGCUCAGGCAAUGGAGGGAUUCGCCCAUGCACUCGCGAAGACCUGCUGGAGGCAUUUCAGCAUAGACGCCCAUCGGUGUACCCUCCAGGUCAAGUACCUGUGUAUUCCAAUGCAGGUACGAGCAUUGUCGGCCUUGUUGUGGAGGCGGCCUCAAACAAGACAUUCGAGGCAUCGCUCCGCAAUUUGGUCCUGGAACCUUUGGCUCUGUGGGACACAAGUGUCGGGACUGUGCCCGAAAAAUCUGACCGAAUGUUCAUUCCCGCCGGAAGCACUGAUUGGGAUAUGGAUUUGGGAAUUUUUGCACCUGCGGGCGGAAUGAACUCCAACACCAAAGAUUUACUCUCUUUCAUGACUGGUAUCCUGAAAAACUCGGCUCUUUUCCCAUCCUCAACACGUCGCUGGCUCAAGCCGGCUUCCUUCCUUUCAGCCUGGAGCAGUGCUGUUGGUGCCCCUUGGGAGAUCUACCGUGUCGAUAACUUGACAAGCGAUGGCCGGAUCAUUGACCUAUACACCAAAGGCGGAUCCCUUACCAGCUAUUAUUCUGCAUUGGCAGUUGUGCCGGAUCUGGGCUUUGUCAUCUCGGUUCUCGCUGCUGGGCCUGAAGUCAUUGGCCUUUGGCCAUCGUUGGCAAGUCUCCAGGCAAUGGAGGUUUUGAUCCCCGCAUUGGACCUUGCAGCCAAGGAUGAAGCCAAAAAGAGAUUCGCGGGGACUUAUACAGACAAGAAGAGCGGUUCACGUCUCACGUUGUCUCUGGAUGACGGUCCGGGCCUGGCGCUGAGCGACUGGGUUGUGCGAGACUUCGAGGUGUUGCCUAACCUCGGUCGUUACAACCCCGUAACCAUGAACGCUACCACUGGGUCCAACUUGACAAGCAUCAGGAUGUUUCCGACGGGUAUCGAAAACGCCCGUCGGUCAGCAUGGAGAGCUACCUUCCCCGCCUUCACAGAGGAAGAAGCCAAGGUGAUUGAUGGAAGCACAUCUAUUCGGGAUGCUUCGUGCGUCACCUGGCGUAUGGUGGAUCGGUUGAUCUAUAAUGACCUUUCAAUAGAUCACUUCGAGUUCCAGUUUGGGGAGGAUGGAGAGGCUGCGAUGAGUAUCAAGUGCAAGGGUUUUGAUGUCGAACUGACGAGGGACUCGGAUGGUUCUCAAGAUUACGAGAUAUAA